CGAUUUUCUCUUCCCUUGGAUUUUCCAGGAAAAUUAUCAGACAGCCAGCGGGAAGCCAAAACGCCGGAUAACAAGAGGUAUGGCUCCUCAUGGCGAGGGAUCGGACUCUGCAGGGGAAACCAUGAUUGCUCAAGACGAGAAGCAACGCAUCUCAACCGUCGUCAUCGUCAUCGCUAUGCAAACCGAAGCGCUGCCUUUGGUCAAAAAGUUCAAUCUAACAGAGGACAACGAUUCAUUGUUUCCAGAAGCAGUCCCUUGGGUCCGGUACCGUGGAACUUACAAAGACCUCAAUGUCAAUAUAAUUUGGCCAGGAAAAGAUUUAACUUUAGGGGUUGAUAGUGUUGGCACUCUUCCUGCAUCUCUUGUGACUUAUUCUUCUAUCCAAGCAUUCAAGCCAGAUCUAAUCAUAAACGCAGGGACUGCUGGUGGCUUUAAGGCUAAAGGAGCAAACAUUGGUGAUGUCUUUCUUGCUUCAGAUGUUGCUUUCCAUGAUAGAAGAAUCCCUAUCCCUGUUUUCGAUCUAUAUGGAGUUGGUUCAAGGCAGGCCUUCUCAACACCCAAUCUACUGAAGGAGCUUAACCUAAAGGUUGGCAAAUUGUCUACUGGUGACUCUUUGGAUAUCUCUCCCCAAGAUGAAGCAGAAUUACUGCAAAUGAUGCUACAGUUAAAGACAUGGAGGGAGCAGCUAUGCUAUGUUGCUGAUAUUUUAAAGUCCCUGCAAUAUUUGUAAAAGCUGUGACAGAUAUAGUGGAUGGUGACAAACCAACUGCAGAGGAAUUCUUGAAGAAUUUGGUUGCAGUGACUGCUGCCCUUGAUCAUGCAGUCACUCAAGUCGUUGAUUUCAUCAAUGGAAAAUGUCUAUCUGAACUUUGAUAUGUUAUACCAUCAUUAUUAAUUGUUGAGAAAUUAUAUAGAUAUGGCAAAAUUAUCUCAUAAACUAUAGUUCCACCAGGAAUUCAGUUUGGUUUCAUAUGAUUGAUUUAACGGGAAAACAGUUGAUAACUUCUAGCCUGAGAAUGUACAGACUUCUGGAAUCUGGAUGAAUGAUGCCAUUCAUUUACUUGUCUA